AUGCCUCCACGUAUCAAAGAGAGCGAACAUGGUGUGCCCACCUACUGGGGCCAGUCCGGUCGCAUGCUUCAGGUCCUCGUCACCAUUGUCGCCGUAACCGACUUUCUGCUCUUUGGUUAUGAUCAGGGUGUCAUGAGUGGUAUCAUCUCGGCCCCGGCCUUCCAAAGCGCCUUCCCCCAGGUCAAGGGUGACUCUACCUACGAAGGUUUCGUCGUCUCCAUCUAUGCUGUCGGUUGUUUCCUCGGUGCUUGCUUCAUCUUCGUCUUUGGAGACAAGCUCGGUCGCCGCAAGAGCAUCUUCCUCGGUGCCUUUGUCAUGGUCAUUGGUGUCAUUAUCCAAAUCGCCUGCGUCCCUCCUAAUGGCGGUGCCACUGCCCAGUUCAUUGUCGGACGAUGCAUUACAGGUAUUGGAAACGGUAUCAACACUUCGACUAUUCCUACCUACCAGGCCGAGUGCUGCAAGGCCAAGAACCGCGGAAAGGUCAUCUGUAUCGAAGGCUCCAUGGUUGCCAUUGGUACGCUAAUCGCCUACUGGAUCGACUAUGGUUGUCUUUACGGCCCCGACGACUUCACAUGGAGAUUCCCCAUUGCUUUCCAGUGUGUCUUCGCCUUUGUUGUCAUCAUCAUGAUGACCUCGCUUCCCGAAUCCCCUCGCUGGCUGCUUAACCACCACCGCGAAGAUGAAGCCGCCACUGUUUUGGCCGGUCUGAAUGGCGUUCCUCGUGACGACCCAGAGGUUCUCAUCCAGAUGCAGAUCAUUCGUGAUGCCGUCAACGCUUCUGGUGGCGGUGGCAAGGUUCCCACCAAGGCCCUCCUCACUGGAGGAAAGACGCAGCACUUCCGCCGUGCGCUUCUCGGUGCCUCUGGACAAUUCAUGCAACAACUGUCUGGAUGCAAUGCCGUCAUCUACUACUUCCCCAUUCUCUGCCAGGACGCUUUGGGCACCGACCACAACCUUGCUCUUCUUUUGGGAGGUGUCAACAUGGUUGUCUACGCCGCCUUCGCUUCGACCUCUUUCUUCUUCGUUGAGCGCGUAGGUCGCCGCAAGCUUUAUCUCAUCGGUACUGUCGGUCAGAUGCUUGCCAUGGUCCUCACCUUUGCCUGCUUGAUUGACAAGACCGUCUCUGCCCCCGGUGCCGCUGUCGGUCUCUUCGUCUACAUUGCAUUCUUCGGUGUCACCUGGUUGCCUCUGCCCUGGCUGUACCCUGCCGAGAUCAACCCUCUCAAGACCCGCCAGAAGGCCAACGCUUUCUCCACCAUCAACAACUGGUUGUGGAACUUCUUCAUCGUCAUGAUCACUCCUGUGCUCAUCACCAGCAUUGGUUGGGGCACCUACCUCUUCUUCGCUGUGCUUAACGCUUCCUUUAUCCCCAUCAUUUACUUCUUCUACCCCGAGACUGCCGGACGAUCCCUUGAAGAGAUUGACCUCAUCUUCGCCAAGGGCUUUACGGAGAAGAUCAGCUAUGUCCAUGCCGCCAAGCAGCUGCCCAAGAUGGAUGAAGCCCAGAUCGCCGAGGCUGUCCGCCAGUAUGACAUUUCCGAUAGUGAUGUCGAGAACCGAUCUGCUGCGGGAUCUCUCAAGGAGAAGCGCCGACAGGAUGAGGAGCUUAUGCCUCAGACUAGUGGACAAGCGUAA